AUGGAAUUAGAAGAUCGAAAGCUAAGAAUUGAGGAUGCAAAAAAUGCCACGUAUGUAGCCAUGGAUGAGGGUAUUGUGCCUGGUGGUGGGGACACUUAUAUUCAUAUUCUUGAGGAAAUUCCCUCCAUUAAAAAGUUAAUGGAAGAUCCAGAUGAAGAAAGUGGUGUCAACAUCAUAGCAUCUUGUCAUACAUUAAGGCUACCAACUGUUAAUUCUUGCUGUGCACCAACAAAUUCAGACCUUGCCAACUCAAAUGCCCUGCCAGAUUGCUGGAAAAUGCUGAUCCAGGUGGUAUUUGACUCCAUGCACGAGAGGUUGCGUACACAUGCUGAAUCUGUUGCUUCCUUUGGAGCUGAUCCAUCCACGAAAGCUGAAAUCAAAGCAAGAAUUUCACAAAUAAAGAAAGAUCUUUCUGAAACAAAUAGUUCUUAUCCUUCUAAAAAGCUCGAUGAACGAAUUGCAAAACUCUUUGGUAGUGUUGCCAUUAUCAAGGUAAGGGCCCACACUGAGAUGGAAUUAGAAGAUCGAAAGCUAAGAAUUGAGGAUGCAAAAAAUGCCACGUAUGUAGCCAUGGAUGAGGGUAUUGUGCCUGGUGGUGGGGACACUUAUAUUCAUAUUCUUGAGGAAAUUCCCUCCAUUAAAAAGUUAAUGGAAGAUCCAGAUGAAGAAAGUGGUGUCAACAUCAUAGCAUCUACCUUGCCAACUCAAAUGCCCUGCAGAUUGCUGGAAAUGCUGAUCCAGGUGGUAUUUGACUCCAUGCACGAGAGGUUGCGUACACAUGCUGAAUCUGUUGCUUCCUUUGGAGGUGGUGCUCGAGAGAAAGCCAUGAUUGAGUCAAGAUUUAAUGAGCUUCUUGCUCAUGCUAAAAUACUUCUGAGGAAGAAAUGGUUAUUUGGAGUACUGGAUGACUUUGUCACCAAACAACUACCCCACAAUGUUACCUCAGGAUUGCGCUUGUUAUAUGCUAUAGUGCACAAAGCUGAUCGUUCAUUGACUUCCACUCAAGGUGAGCUUGCACAUGCAUUGCGGUUUUUGGCAUCAGUUGUAUCUCAAAGCUUCUUGGUCUUUGGUGACAUCUUGGAGCUGCAUAGAAAGUUCAUUGAACUGUCUGGUCGUGUUAAUUGGAUUUUUGAACUUGAGCAACUUCUUGAUGCUGCACAAUCUGAUGAAAAUGUUGGUGCUUCAUCAAAGUCCAAUGAGGAACUUGAGGAUGUUAUCUCUCUUUUGGAGGUUGAUAUUAUCACGCCAACACAUAAUUUAUUAGCCAGAAAGCUGACUUGCGAGAUAGUACCAGGGAAAAGCCUUCUUCUUCCCGUCAGGUUCUUUUAUCUUUUAUCCCCCGCUUUAGUAGCCAUCUUUGGAAAGCCCUUGUUCUCAAAACAAAACAGGAUAUGGACAUCCAAGAUAGAGAACUAG